GGUUCCUUCCCUUGUUGGAAUUAAGUCGCCAUAUUGAUUCGUGGUUUCCUACGAUUUUAGUGUGUUGUGUUCGUUCGAGAGAGGAAGAAAACGUAACAGUUACGACGAAAAUAUUUGGAAAGCUUUGAGGCUUUCCUUAGAAGCCCGUAAUGGCGUCAAAUCAACGUUACGAACCGGUGGCCACAAGUGAACCACCCUCUCCUCCAGUUCCUGUUACCUUGACGAUUGUCCCACCCCCUGACGACGCUGUGCUGUAUUCUCCGCCUCCACCAUAUGAACCUACUGAUGAACAUGGUGGUGUUCCAGAUCCUGAUCUACCACCAUCUUAUGACAUUGCUGCCAAGUUGCCAACGUACGAGGAAGCUGAAAGGGUCAAAGAACUACAUGAUGAUUUGGUUGAAAGGAAUGCACUUCUGAUUGAGGGUGGAAUAGAAGUUGAUCUUGGGAAUGACUGGCUAUUUGUGAUCUGCUUUAUCAUGGCGUUUGUUUUCAACUGGCUGGGAUUCUUUGCUGCUUAUUGUAUGACCAAGACAGUUGCUGGGAGGUAUGGUGCAAUUUCUGGGUUUGGCCUCUCCGUUGUAAAGUGGGUUCUUAUCUUGAAGAAUACAACAUCCGAUGACAUGGUGGUUGUUCAGUCUUGGAUUUGGUGGCUCUUCCUUGCACUAGGAUGGUUAAUUUUUGUUCGAAGCAUCUUGGUUUACUUGCACAUCAAGUGGUGGGUGAAGAAAGGUUGUCGUUCUUUUCCGCGCUACUGGGGAAUUCCUGGCAGCAGUUAAUUCCUGGAGUUGAUGUUAUCAGCCACCUACCUCUAGUUAAUACACAACUAGUAAUUUUAGAUUUGGAUAGUGCCUGGUACUUGGGAGAAGAUAAACAAAGAUGGUUUAGAUCAUUCACCGUUGCUUGAAGUACUUAGGCUAGAUUAGAACAAGAUGUGUUAGGAGAAGUGAUUUUAGCCAUCAUAAAGAUUUGUAUUUUACUAGUUUUCCCCUUAUAUACGUAGAGCAGUAUAAGCUGAAUGUCUCUCUUCUAAAACAGCCUAUUAUUAAUAAGUAUUAAAUCAUUAUUAGUCUCGUUAGUUUGUUCAAACACUGAGGGAAGUUAAACCAUGUACGAUGAAUGUGUAGCUACGGUAGCUAUAGACUAAAUAUGAAAUGUGGGUAUUAGGCCAUCUGCUAGCAAUUCUAAUAAUUUGGUUGCGUAAUAUAACAAGGCAAGAGACCGUAUUUCUUCACAUUUGCAAACGGGGUGAAGGCAGCUGAAACUAUGGAGUAAUUUUGCUGUGAUAUUUUAAGUGAUGAGGCACUGUGUAGAGUAGAGUGUGUGAUGUAUCUUCCUGAUUGAAUCUGCUGUGGUUUCUGUGGCUGUAAACAGUCAAGAUUGUGUAACAAUAUAACAAAACAACAUAAUUUUAAACACCUCAUUAAACUACGUGUAACACGACUGAACUAACCUUUACGUAAUAAGCCCUCCCCCCAAACAAGAAGGGUGAAAGGGUUGAAAUUCGACUAGAAAUUACAUGAUCUGUAAGAAAUGUGGUGAAAGGAUGCUACACAGGGAGAUCGUAUUAAAUGUUUAAAGAAUCGUUGAUAAUAUACGUGAUAUUAAUGAUAUCUUGUGAACGGGAUCGGAGCAGAAUACUCAUUUAUGUUGUGUCGCUUUAUAGAAAACACUUGUAGCAAUAUAUAGUGGGCUUGUGUGACUUGUAUAUAAGUGAUUAAAUGUAUCAAAAGGUGGACACCCGA